AGCCUGGCGGUGGAGGAUACGCUCCACCUUUCGUUGGCCCCGCAGCAGCCCAGUUUCUCCUUCACCGCGCUAAUUUCCUCGGAGUUCGAAAUGUUCCCAGAACUCAAUAACCUUCUCGACACCACUCCUGACAAGGCGGAGCAGGGGAAACUCACUCUACUCUGUGAUGCCAGGACAGAUGGCAGUUUCCUCGUGCACCACUUUCUCUCUUUCUACCUCAAAGCUAACUGUAAAGUCUGCUUUGUGGCACUCGUCCAGUCCUUCAGCCACUACAGCAUCGUGGGACAGAAGCUGGGAGUGAACCUCACCAUGGCACGGGAAUGCGGGCAGCUCGUGUUCCUCGAGGCCCUGAAGACUUCACUGGACGUCUUCUUCCAGAAGCCAGCGGAGCCACACCCCCUGCAGUUUCUCAGGGAGGCAAGUGCUGAGAACCUGCAGCCACUGUUUGCAUUUGUGCGGGAGGCCCUGAAGCCUGGGGACGAUGGGGAGGCGACGUGGAAGUACCCGGUUCUGCUGGUGGACGACCUCAGUGUGCUACUGAGCCUGGGCGUGCGGGCUGUGACGGUGCUGGACUUCAUCCACUACUGUAGGGCUGCCGUGUGCGUGGAGUGGAAGGGAAAUGUGGUGGCCCUUGUACAUGACAGCAGAGACACUGAGGAUGAGGAGAAUGACCUCCUGCUGAGUGGCCUCAGCCACCAGAGCCAUCUGAUCCUGCGGGCUGAGGGCUUGGCCACUGGCUUCUGCAAGGAUGUGCAUGGGGAUCGGAGCCUCACCUACCAGUACAAGAUACAGGACAAGACUGUGUCCUUCUUCGCCAAAGGCUUGUCUCCUGCUGUCCUGUGACCAGAGCUGGGAGCCACUAAGGCUAUGCUGGACUCACUGGACAUGGACAAUACAGGACCAAGCAGGGAUGGGCCUUGUGCCUGGGUAGCAGCAGCGCAGGCUGGACUGCAGCUCCGUGGUGGCCAGUGAGUGGCACUGUGGUGGCUUGUGUACUGUGUGCCUUGGCCCUGCCGAGAGGGCCCGGCUGGCCCUGCCCAGCCUCCUGUAUGCACACUACGUAGCCCAGGCUGCCCUCAAACUUAGAGUGA